AUCAUAACUGAAAACAGGGCAACCAUUCAAUUCAAUAUUUAUAAAAUGCAUCUCAUGAUCAUUGAAACAAAAGGGUGUGCUUGAAACAAAUUUGUUUUCUUUGAUAAAGCCUUUGUUUUAGAUAAAGCACUUAGAAAAUGGUUUUGGCAACGUUUAUCUCAGCCCUACUUCUAGCUGCAUUAGCCUCUAAAAUCAUUAGACAUUGGCUUAUGAGAAAGUCUCUAUCUUCUGACAAGAGCAACGGGCUUCCUCCAGGCCCACCAAAGUGGCCCAUCGUGGGGAACCUCCUCCAAUUGGGUCAACUUCCACAUAGAGACUUGGCAUCUUUGUGUGAGAAAUAUGGACCCUUAGUGUACCUAAAAUUGGGCAACAUUGAUGCCAUCACCACCAAUGAUCCUAAGAUUAUACAUGAAAUUCUUGUUUCCCAAGAUGAUGUUUUUGCCUCUCGACCACACACUCUUGCAGCAGUUCAUUUAGCAUAUGGGUGUGGUGAUGUUGCAUUGGCCCCUAUGAGCCCUCAUUGGAAGCGCAUGAGAAGAAUUUGCAUGGAACACUUGUUAACAACAAAGAGGCUUGAGUCCUUCUCAAAACACCGUUUGGAGGAAGCCCAACACCUUGUCAAGGAUGUUAUGGACCGGGCCCAAGAUGGAAGGCCCAUUAACUUGAGGGAGGUUUUGGGUGCUUUCUCAAUGAACAAUGUGACUAGAAUGUUGUUGGGUAAACAAUAUUUUGGGUCCAAAUCUUCAGGCCCACAAGAGGCUAUGGAGUUCAUGCACAUAACCCAUGAGUUGUUUUGGUUGUUGGGUGUGAUAUUUUUGGGUGACUACUUGCCAAUGUGGAGGUGGAUUGAUCCUUAUGGAUGUGAAAAGAAAAUGAGGGAAGUGGAAAAAAGAGUGGAUGAUUUUCAUUCCAAGAUUAUUGAAGAGCAUAGAAAGGCAAGGGAAUGUAAGAAGAUGAAAACGGAAGAAGGUGAUGGAGAUAUGGAUUUUGUUGAUGUUUUACUCUCUUUACCAGGUCAAGAUGGAAAAGAGCACAUGGAUGAUGUAGAAAUCAAAGCCUUAAUUCAGGACAUGAUAGCUGCAGCAACAGACACUUCAGCGGUAACUAACGAAUGGGCGAUGGCAGAGGUAAUAAAACACCCAGACAUCCUCGAAAAAGUCCAACAAGAACUGGACACAGUAGUUGGGCGAAACAGAAUGGUGUUAGAAUCGGACUUGGCGCACCUUAAUUACCUGCGCUGCGUCGUACGAGAAACCUUCCGCAUGCACCCGGCGGGGCCCUUCCUCAUUCCGCACGAGUCUCUCCGGGCCACCACCAUCAACGGCUACCACAUCCCCGCCAAGACACGUGUGUUCAUCAACACUCAUGGGCUGGGCCGCAACACGGAGAUUUGGGACAACGUGGAGGAGUUCAGGCCCGAGAGACACUGGCCCAGUAACGGCGGUAGGGUUGAGAUUAGUCAUGGCGUUGACUUCAAGAUUCUGCCUUUCAGUGCUGGAAAACGCAAGUGCCCUGGUGCACCGCUUGGGGUGAAUUUGGUUUUGAUGGCUUUGGCUAGACUCUUUCACUGCUUUCAGUGGACCCCACCCGAUGGUUUGAACCCUCAAGAGAUUGAUACUACAGAAGUUUAUGGAAUGACUAUGCCCAAGGCUAAACCUUUGUUUGCUGUUGCUGUUCCAAGGUUGUCAAACCAUUUCUAUCAAUAA